AUGACGACCACAAAAACUACACCCAAAUUAAUGAUAAAUACAAACUUAAUGCUACCGCUGUAUUCUGAUUAUCAUCUAAAUUAUACAUCAUCACCAACACAUUCUAUUUAUUUAUCAGAAGUACAGCAAAAACAACAACAAAAACGACGCAGAACACAUGCUCAAAAACAUUUACGAAAACCACAAGCAUUCGAUACUUAUUUAAAACGUGAUCGUUCCGAUUCAAUCUCUUCCACUUCGUCAUUUGAUACAGUCUCUUUGGUGACAUCAGAAGAUUUACAUUUGAAUAAUAAUUGCUAUCACAAUUGCAAAAACAAUCAUAUUGCGAUUUCGUCACUAGAACGACCCCAAUCUCCUAUUAAUGUCUCAGAAUUAAUCCGACGCGUGUCGGCAGUAAUUCGAUUUCCGAAUUUAACAGACGAUAGUAAUUCAGAAAUUGUAUCUGCUAGUUGCUCUAGCGAUAAUACUGAUGACGAAUGGGAUAGUGAAGUGGAUGACGACAAUGAAAAUUUCAUGUUUAUGAGCUCAGCUUUGCGGUCAAGAGAUUUGAGACGAUCGAAUACUUUCCCUUAA